CCCUGUUUCGGUUGCUAGGGGAGAGAGACGGUCCAUGGCAACGCUUUACGCAAACGCCACACCGAGAGAGAGAGAAACGCGAGACGGCUUUAAACGCACAACGUCGGACAGAAAUACAGACAUCGUUUCUGGAAAUUUUAAACUGACAUCUCAGAGGAUUUUGGUCUGAUUUAGAACCAAGCAACCCGGAGUUACAGUUUGGUAUCACCGGUUCGGUUCACAUUGCCGCCGGCCAGGUCAAAGCGAGAGACCGGGAUCCACAGAGCGAGGCUGCCGGGACAAGAGCUGUGUGUGUCGGCAGAGAGACGCUCAGCACCAGCGUUCACACAGACUACUGAAACGCGCUGGGAAAGUUUGUAGCUGUAAUCAUAUCAUUUUAUAAAGAGUACACGAAGCAAUCGACACAAACACCCAGAAUGGCUCCUUGCUGGAAUCGCUGCCUUGUUUACUGACGUUGGACCUCGUUGUACUCGGACUGAGGGGAAGCCGCCUGUAGUCAGAGCACCAUGUGUCGCUGUGCUGGCUCUGUCACUGCCGGGUCAAUCCUACUGAGUGAAACUGACACGGGGAGGGGGGGCCAGCCCCACAGACCACCUCACCCUCUUACCCCGUCCUGAAAGACACUCUCACGACACACACAGACAAGUGCCGGGCUAGCCGGCCGAGGGUAUGGGCAACUCGUCCCGAAAAGAGGCCCAGGACGAAGGAGGAGAGGAAAAGAAGGUUAAAGAAAAGGGAGAGGAGGAAACGGCUGAAAAAGAAGAAGACAACGAGGUCAUGGAGGAUGUGGAGCUGCCGGUCGGAGUUGACAAGCUCUUGGAGAGGGGAGAUCCAGUGUUGGACCUGAGCUACUACAAAUUCCGUCGCCUUCCUCGUCAAGUCCUGGAUCUGGAGUACCUGGAGAAGCUCUACGUCUGUGGAAACCGUCUCCGCGACAUCCCUAAGGGUAUCACGCGGCUGCAGGGUUUGCGUACCCUGGCGCUCGACUUCAAUAAGCUUGAUGACGUUCCUCUGUCGGUGUGCCAGCUGACUAAUCUCACGUGUCUUUACCUGGGAAGCAACCGGCUGAUGAGCCUCCCACCAGAAGUGAGGAACCUGCAGAACUUGCGUUGCCUCUGGGUGGAGAGCAACUACUUCCAGCGAUUCCCCAAGCAGUUGUACGACCUUCCCAAUUUACGCUCACUGCAGAUUGGGGACAACCGUCUGCGCACGCUUCCCACGGACCUAUGGCGCAUGGAGUCCCUGAGAGGACUCUGGCUGUAUGGAAACCGCUUUCAGGAGUUUCCGCGAGUGCUCCUCAAGAUGGAGCAGCUGGAGAUUCUGGACAUGGACCGCAAUCGGAUAUCAGAGUUCCCAAACUUGCAUCAUCUACCCGCGCUGCGACUCCUCUCCUACGACCACAACCCUGUGAAGGAGCCACCGCGUGUAGGGGAGGAGGUGCUUGUAGUCGGGGAGGGAGCUGAGGAGGUGUUACAGACCAGAGAGAGAAGGAGAGAUGCAAAAGAACGAGCAGAGAAGGAAGCAGAGGAGGCAGCGGCCACGGCAGCUAGUCCGGUCAUUCAUGGAAUACUCAAGAAACUCCGAAUGAACUCCGCCCUUAACCUGGCAGCUGCUAAGGAGAAGGAAACAAAUGAGUCGGUUGCAUCAACAACCCCAACUGGGGAUGAGAACGGACCACAAAAUAAUGACGGAGGGGCAGAGUCUGAGAGACAAUGUGUGGCGUUUGAGGAGGCGGGGCUUGGUUAUGACUACGGCGGUCUGGAGUAUGAAAGGGAGGAGCUAAUCUGCAAGGGGGAGGGGUAUGAAGGCUACGAGGGGGCGGAGUUAGAGUAUGAGAGCGAAGAAAUGGACUAUGAAUAUGAAGGGGAGGAGUGAGAAUAACCUUGAUCCUUGCACCUGUGGGUCAUGGUAGUCUACUUAUUUAAUCUGAAGUGUGUAAUAUCUGCAAACAGAGUUGCAGUUUAUUUUAGCAGCCAAUUGUUUUAACCAACAGUCAUUAUUUUUGCAAUUAAUUUGGUGCGGACGCUACACACUUCCGUUUUAAGCAUCUGAGGUGUUACUGCAAGGGUUGCAGGUUCAAUCCCGAUGAUGUGCCCCCAAAAAUGUAACUUAAGUAGCCCCAGGAUACUUUAUGGGGCAAUGAAAGCGACUGCAAGUCACUCUAAUAAAAAGCAUCUGCUAACAUUAAUAUUAAAUUAUGUCUGAUUGGUUGGAAAGUUGAAUGAAAGGUCAAG